AUGACAGAACAUAUAAGCGUGGUGGAGGUAUCGCGGUUUACUACAGGGAAAGAUGCAACGGAUAAAACUGAAUGUCUGGCAUUGGAGUUUCGAGUGGCGGGUCGGAAAAUUCUACUGAUAGUCAUCUACAAUCCUCCGGAAAACGACUGCUCGUCUUCCCUGGAGGAAAAGUUGUCUAAUCUUGCUGUACGCUACGACAAUAUCUUUCUGGUGGGGGAUUUCAACACUAACAUGCUUCAGCCUAGUAGCAAACGUGCGCUUUUCAAAUCGGUGCUCAGUACCUUUUCUUUGACAUCCGUUAGUGAAGAACCAACAUUUUUCUAUGAUGGAGGAUGCUCGCAGCUCGAUCUUUUCCUAACCACUAGAAACGAGAAGGUCUUGCGAUUCGGACAAGUCAGCUUUCCUGCACUGUCGCAGCACGAUUUAAUUUUUGCGUCAUUGGACUUUGACAUCUCACCACCCUCCAGCCUGUGUUUUUACCGAGACUACGUCAACUUCGAUGCUUAUGUCCUGGAAAACGAAAUUUUGGCUAUCCCCUGGAACCGGUUCUAUGCGAUGGAAAACCCGAGCGACUGCCUGGAUUUUUUCAAUGCGCAUAUCAAAAGAGUGCAUGAAACAUGCAUUCCUCUUCGUGUCAGUACCAGUCGCCGUAGGAACAACCCUUGGUUUUCUGAUAGCGUUCGUCAGAGCUUGCUCGAGCGUGACUUGGCGUACAAGGACUGGUUGCAAGCUCCAACACAUUUGAAAGACGUGAAGCGGCAGCGAUACAAAGCGCUGAGGAAUCGUGCUAACACAAAAAUCGCGCAAGCCAAACAGCAGUAUCUGCAUCGUUUUCUAGACAGCAGAGCUUCAUCGAAAACCCUAUGGCAGCGAGUGAAGAGUCUUGGAGUUGGCAAGGAUAAACAGCAUAGUCCCUGCGAGUUCGAUCCAGAUGAAGUGAAUCGUACCUUCUUAGCUAACUUCACGAACAGUACUCACCGCAGACCAACACCAGAGAGUUCAGCACCAGCAUCGUUGCACAGUUUCUCCUUUCAGCAAGUACAUUACUGGGAAGUCGUGAACGCUAUCUGGGACAUUAAGUCUAACGCCGUUGGGAUGGACGAUUUACCAAUUAAUUUUGUGAAGAUCAUCUUACCGUUAGUUGUGCAGCACAUUACAUAUUUAUUUAAUAUGUUUAUCGAACGGUCCACCUUUCCUGACUCCUGGAAACACGCGAAAGUCAUACCGCUGAAGAAAAAAGCGCACCUGAACGAUAUCACUAAUCUAAGACCAAUAAGCAUCCUCUGCGCGUUGUCAAAAGUGUUUGAGAAGCUUCUCAAGCAGCAAAUGACAUCUUACAUAGAAGACAGUGGCUUACUGACGGACUACCAGGCUGGUUUCCGCAAAGGACAGAGCAUCAAAACCGCAGUUCUAAGAGUGUACGAUGAUCUAGGAGCCAUUGUUGAUAAGAAAGGUGCUGGUAUACUGUUGAUGCUCGAUUUUUCGAAGGCCUUCGAUACCAUUCCGCACAGCAAACUACUAGCCAAGCUAUAUACGCAAUUCAACUUCUCUUCUGUUGCCGUGGAAGAUUAUCUUUUCAAAAUUACAUUAUUGAUAUACGUUUUUGUGUUUCAGGUGAUUGUGCUUAUCGUUGCCAUAGCCACCGCAUCAGCUCAAAUCCGUCCAAUUCCGGUUCCACUUAGGCCUGUCCCUUAUGCUAGUCCGGAAGCAAGUGCCGUUAUCCUUAACCAAGUGUACGAACCCAACCCGGACGGUUCGUACAUCUACAGCUACGAAACGAGCAAUGGAAUCCGUGCUGAGCAGCGUGGCUUCCUGAAGAAUCCUGGAACCCCCGGUGAAGCUCAAGUGAUGCAGGGAUCAUACUCGUACACCGGUCCCGACGGUGUGGUUUACACCAUCAACUACAUCGCCGACGAGAACGGGUACCGUGCGGAAGGUGCCCAUAUUCCAUCAGCCCCGCGAUACAACCCGCGAUUCCCAGGUGCAUUCAAGUAAAAGGGGACAUCAGUAGCGCGAUCUUCCGUCUGCCAGUUACCGUAGU